UUCUUACUUCUCUUCUUCCCGCCACCGUCCCGCUUCAUCUUCCCGGCCUUCUUUUUUCGUUCAACUACGAGUUUCGGCUGUUUCUAGCCGAUUAUACCAAGAAAAUAACCAAUUCUGCAUACAGGUCUCUGAUAUAUCCUUUUUGGGAGCUCAAAUAUGUCAAGUGGCCUUGGACUUGAAACUCUUGUAGAUCAAACUAUAUCAGUUAUCACAAAUGAUGGACGCAACAUAGUGGGAGUACUGAAAGGCUUUGACCAGGCUACAAAUGUUAUCCUUGAUGAAUCUCAUGAACGUGUGUACUCGACGAAGGAAGGUGUUCAACAACUUGUGCUGGGCUUGUACAUAAUAAGGGGCGACAACAUAAGCAUUGUUGGGGAGCUGGAUGAAGAGCUUGAUUCUAGUCUUGAUUUAUCAAAACUGAGGGCUCAUCCCCUUAAGCCUGUCAUCCACUGAUUUGUAGAGCUGUUAUAGACUAAGUGAGCGAUUACCUUAAAACAAUUAUCAGAACAUGUAGGUAUUACAAUGAGAAUUCUGUGCUAUAGGCCUUUGAAAGUGCCGAAUAUUCUGUCUGCAUCGGUUUUGCAAUAUUUUCGUUUGGUCAUUAUUUGCAGUUGUGAGAGCUUUCAGUCGUGUUCUAAUAGAAAUGAACAUUACCCAAGUGUCGAUCAGUUAACUAUGCCAUGAUCUAAUUAUAAAAACAUGCUGCGGA